AUGCCCUCAUCGCCUGGGAAUUACGCGCCGCUAUCGUCGGCAGAUCAGCACACCGAUGGCACGCGCUCCCAAUUUACCCAUCGCCACCUUUCGCAAAUGGCAAGCUUUGUUGCAUCUAGUCCGCUACGUGUCAUUGCACACGUUGAUCUGGACGCGUUUUACGCACAGUGUGAGAUGGUCCGGUUGGGUUUGCCAGACGAUCAACCUCUGGCUGUUCAACAGUGGCAGUCGCUGAUUGCGAUCAACUACCCAGCGCGCAGAAGUGGAAUGGGCGGUCGUCUGGGCUCAGUCUUGGACGCCAAAAAAGCGUGCCCAAAUCUUAUCGCGCAGCACGUCGCGACUUGGCGCGAGGGCGACGACAAGUGGGCGUAUCGCGACGAUGCUGCCGCAAACAUGGCCACAGACAAGGUUUCACUCGACCCGUACCGGCUCGAAUCGCGCAGAAUUCUGGCCCUCGUCCACGAUCACCUUCCGCAGAACCUCCAGCGGGUGGAAAAGGCCAGUAUCGACGAGGUUUUCCUGGAUCUGUCGGCCCAGGUACACUCCAUUCUUCUCGACCGGUUUCCCGAGCUCCAGCAGCCGCCACCGUACAAUGACCCAUCAGAGCGGCUCCCGAUGCCCUCUGUAUCAGCGUUGGACUGGAAAGCGGAUGCGCUCGUUGACUUGGAUGAGGACCGUGAGGGCGAGGACCCUGACUGGGAUGAUGUAGCGAUUCUGGUCGGUUCAGAAAUCGUGCGUGACCUGAGAUCCGAGAUCCGCGAGAAGUUGCGGUAUACGUGCUCGGCGGGUGUGGCGUGCAACAAGCUUCUGAGCAAGCUCGGGUCCGGCUACAAAAAGCCGAAUCGUCAGACGGUCGUGCGAAACCGAGCAGUGGCCGUAUUUCUGCAAGACUUCAAGCUGACCAAGAUUCGGAAUCUGGGCGGCAAGCUAGGAGAGCAAGUGGUCAGCAUCUUUGAGACCGAGCAAGUCAAGGAUCUGCUACCCGUGCCGGUCGAGCAGCUCAAGGCCAAGCUCGGCGACGAGACUGGCAUCUGGCUUUACAACACGAUACGCGGAGUUGAUACAAGCGAAGUCAACCCGAGAACCCAAAUCAAGUCUAUGCUAUCUGCCAAAUCGUUCAGACCAUACAUCAAUACACAAGAUCAGGCCAUUAAAUGGCUCCGCAUCUUUGCGGGAGACAUCUUCAACAGGCUCGUGGAGGAAGGCGUGCUGGAGAAUAAGCGUCGACCGAAAACUAUACAUCUGAGCGCUCGGCAUAUGGUGCAGACACGAAGCCGGCAGAUACCCAUACCCCAGGGCAAGCCGAUUGACGAAGCCAUGCUCAUAGGCUUGGCCAGAGACUUGCUCUUGCAGAUUCUAGGCGACGGUAGCAUAUGGCCAUGCAACAACCUCAGCCUCACCGUCGGUGGGUUUGAGGACGGCAUAAAAAACAACAUGGGCAUCGGAGCCUUCCUGGUCAAGGGUGAUGCUGCCAUGUCCCUCAAAGUUGCUGACCACGGCAACAACGCGCCCAUGCCUCCAGAACGGCCGCAUAAACGAGCCCGUGCAGAAGUGCUAGGAAUACAACGAUUCUUCGCCAAAGACCAGCCAGAGAGGACGCCUAGUGCGGACGCAGAUGCUACAGCGGCCCAUGUCCGGGGACACGACGGUGACAGCGUGGAGAACAACCAUGGUCAUCACAACUCGGAUGCAGAUGCGGAUGCAGAAGCCAGCGCAGGCAUACGUAUUCAAUACAGCGAGCCCCAGCAAGUUGGUUUGCGGUGUGCUCGCUGUCACGCCUCAUUCGAGACGCCGGAAGCACUACAAAGCCACAUGGACUGGCAUAUGGCCAAGGACAUACAGGAUGAGGAACGUGUCAAGUCAACAUUCGCCGAACAACGAUCACGGAAUGCAGCAUCAGUGCGUGGCACAAGCAACAAGGGUUCCGGCGGGUCGUCUUCCUCACGACGCGGAGGCCGGGGAGGCGGAAGCAACAAGCUGGAGCAGGGCCAAAGUAAGCUAAAGUUUGGGUAA